UUGAAAGCUGCUGCGCUGAGCUAGGCCAGUCGCCAUGUAGAUUUUUUGAUGUGGGUGUUGUGUCUCAUCACGUCAAACGAUUCAAUGAUUACUAUUUUCAAGUGGAUGUUAUAAUUUUCGUGUAAUUCAUCGCUUGACAACGCCAUCGGUGAUAUUUGACAGUGUUUCGUGGACAUAUUUCUUUGUAAUCGUGAACGAUUACGGUGUGGUGACGGCAGAUAAUAAACUGGUGGGGGGCUGCUAAAAUACUACGCUAGGAUAGUAACAACGUUUUACAACUCGAGAGGUGUUCGGAGCGCUCAUAAAAUCUUUCAUCUCGGUGCAGACGAGUCGGACUUCCAUUUUGUUUUAUGUGGUUCAAUUGUUUACUUGGCGAGGCUGUGGACUCGCGACAAUGGAAAGCGACGGUGUAAGAGAAUGUGUGUAAACGUCUGGUAGUGGCGGGCGGUGAUGCAGCGAGCUUACGCAGGCGGCGCCUCGCAGCCGCAGGGCUCCGCCGCCUCUGUGCACCCCCACUACCGCUACACAGACAUCGACGACCAGAUCCCUGCUUCUGUAAUCAGCAGCGUGGGGACUGUGAGCUUGUCUCAGUCGUCUGGCAACGCGGCGCUCGGCAGCAUGGCCAACCCGACCAACCUGGGUACGGCCAGCAGCGGCGCGCCCGCCCCGCCGCCGGCGCAGCAGACGCCCACGCAGGCGCCCGUGCGCAACUUGCCAAAGAAACGCAAAUUCGAUCCCUCCGAACUGGAGGAGAUCGAAAGAAACUGCAUGAACAACAGCAACACCAAUAACGUUGCCGUCAGUGCCCCUAUGCCCUUGGAGUACCAACCCUCCACUUACCAGCCCCCGGCGCUUAUACGCUCACCGAUCGUCCACCUCUCCCCGCCAGCAGAUAUGAGGUCAUACCCGAUCCACUAUCCAAACAUAGAUCUGUCUGAGUGGCGGGACCACAGAGUGUUGGCGAAACUUCGGGGGUUGUAUCAGCCGGGUGUGAUCCGACAAGCGGAGGGCUGUAAGGUGGUCAUCGAGUUUGAUGGUCAAGAGAUCGACCACGUAGAGUAUGGCGACAUAUUCGGAGCCAACAAAUACGACAUUAUCAGCGACGCGAGCCCGCAGAUGAGCCACCUGCUGAUCGGUUCAGCGUGUGUGGUGCGCACCUCCGACCCUAACAGGGAAGGGCAGACCGUCUUCGUCGAGGGCCUCGUGUUCGAAGUGCUGAACUCCCCGAUCAGGAUAAGAGUCAAGCAGGUGACGGACGGCGAUCUGGGCAAGGAGACGGUGGAGGUGAAGCGGGCCGACCUGCGGCUGCUGCAGCCCCCGUGGGCCGACGAACUGGAAGACGCCGGCUCACAAGCUACCUCCAUGCACUCGCAGAACCUACGCAUGCAUCCUGUCCCCUUGCAGAUGGGUGACAACUUCUACACGUCGUCACCGAUGCCGGGCGCUGGGCCGGUGGUUACCGUGGGCGCGCUCUCUAAUAACAGCAUCGACGAGCUGCGCAAGCGCACCUACGACGACUACGGCGAGAGCGACGACGAGCUCAAGAACGACAUCAUGUUCCCCAUCGAUGUCUCACAUAUGGAUUGCGGCAACAGCAAGCGCAGCAGCCUCCAGAGCCGCGGCAGCACAUCCAGCUUGAUGGAACGCAGUGGCACACCUCGAUCUCAACCGCCAACACCCAGAUCUCAAGCGGCGACGCCGCACAAAUACAAGAAGGGCGAUGUGGUGUCGACGCCGACGGGCAUUCGCAAGAAGUUCAACGGCAAGCAGUGGCGCCGGCUGUGCUCCAAGGAUGGGUGCACGAAGGAAUCUCAGCGGCGCGGCUUCUGCUCGCGACACCUCUCGCUGCGCGGCGUCACCCGCUCCUCCAAUACGCCGCUCGCACAGGGGUCCACGCAGACGCCGCAACAAAGAAGCAGCAGCAAGUCCCUGUCAUCGAACGGCACGGGCGUGGAGGGGGAUGACACGUCUCGCGAGUCAGACAACACGCCGCCGAAUUACCGUGUCACCGGCCGCUUCGACCCCGACGAGACAGAGGCUGCCAACAUGUUGGUAUCGUUGGGCAGCUCGCGGUCGGGCAGCCCUGGGGCGUCGCCUGUGGCGGAGACUCCCGGGCUGCGCAACAACGUGUUCGUGCCCAUCUGCUCGCCGCAGCCACACUCGCAUCGACAUCACCUCAUCAGGCCCGAGUUAGUGCGGCCUGCACGAGAGGGCUCGCCCGUCAGCGGCGUUGCCACCAGCGUCAUCAGGGUCUCCCCGGCUCCUACCUAUCAUUAUCAGCAAAUCAUGAACUUACAGGUAGACAAUCGGAGUGGCCCUAUAACACUUCACCAGAACAAUAUUGGCCAGAACAUGAUUGGCGUGCAGCAGAACCAUCAGACUAGCAUCCAGAGCAUUCAGAGUAGCCUGAACGCGCCGACGAAUAUUCAGUCCACACUGAACCUACCUUCGAGCAUGUCGCUUAACAUAAAUAACAACCCGACUAGCAUGGCGAACACAAUUCGCAGUACGAAAAUGGAUGAGAUUCCGCAGAAUCUGAUCGUGCAUAGAAGCAUUCCACCGUCGAACGGGAUCGAUAUCGACCAGUUGUAUCGAAACCAGCAGCAGAUGCAGCCGUUGCUGAUGAGGAACGGGCUGCAUGAUGCGUAUCGCCGGGAGGAGCUGUCGCCGCCGCCCAAUAACCAUGAUAAUUUCCGUCGCGUUCCUGAGUAUGAGGAAGAGGACUUGUCUGUUUCUUUGAGAGACAGCAAUAUCCACCACAUCAUCGACCCGCGGCCGCCUGAGCCCGAGCCUGCGGAGGAGAAGCAGCGCAUCGUGAAGCCGGCGCCGCUGCAGGCCCGGCUGCUCUCCGUCGUGGACACAGACACCAAAGACUCUAUCAAGAGAUUCUACGUCAUACCGCAGAACAGUAUCGAGAAGAAAUUCGUGCUGAUCAAGAAUGAGCCGCCGGAGGGCAUUAAGAUCGAGACGAAGGCUUCUCAGUUAGCGCAACGGUUGAACAAUAACGAUCCGGAGAGAGAGCCAGAACACGUGAACAAUGGCGACCACACGAACAACGUAAACAACAGCGCGGUGAUCGUGCAUCCGAGCCAGUUGCUUCCCGUUUUGCCUCCGCCUACAUCCCACACCGCGAUUAUUGUAUCAACAGGCGGAGUCUCAGGCGGCGUGUUCCCGUGGCAGUCACUGGUGCCACUAUUGACGACGUCGUCGCCGCCCCCUGGCGCCCCCGCCGCGCCGCCCUCGCCGCGCACGCCGCGCACUCCCCGCACGCCGCAGACUCCGCACACGCCGCACACUCCACACACCCCGCAUAUCAAGCCCGAGGAGAUCAAGAAUGAGAAUAAUGAAGCUGUAUCGUCGCUGUGCGCGGAGGACGACGACGAAGUGUUCGAGUGUGAGGAUACGAGCGCGCCGGGCGAGGAGGCCGGCAAGCGACGCUCGCAGAGCAUGUCCUCGCUCACCCAGGUCGCCGUCACGGGAGAUAAGAAGGAGCGCCGCAUCAGGCGUCCGAUGAACGCGUUCAUGAUCUUCUCGAAGCGGCACCGGCAGAUGGUGCACCAGCUGCACCCCAACCAGGACAACCGCACCGUCAGCAAGAUCCUCGGCGAGUGGUGGUACGCGCUCAAACCAGAGGAGAAACAGAAGUACAACGAGCUCGCUUCAGAGGUGAAGGAGGCUCACUUCAAAGCUCACCCAGAGUGGAAAUGGUGCAACAAGGACCGAAGGAAGUCUUCGAGCAAUCGGGACCCCACUGGGUCGAUGCCACAGAGCCCGCGAACACCGUCGGAAGGCCCGGGCAGCGUGCCCACCAGUGCUGCAGAGCUACCAGCACCAGCGCCCUAUGGCCAUGUCACCUCGCCCCCACUCAGCGACGACGAUCAGAUGCAAAUCUGCCAGCCGCUGAUGGAUGAGCCGCCGCCGCCACCGCCGCCGCAGCCGCAGGCGCAGGCCGAGAUCGAGAUCAAGUUCGUCGACAAGAUCACGGACUCAGACUCCGAGGGUCUGGAAACCAGAGACUAUAUGCCUCACCACGACCACACGCGCCGCCCGAAGCCGAUCAAAGCUAGAGCGGGAUCGUCGGACAAUAUGCUUGGUAGCAUAACCGCGUCGAGUCCCGGUGGCUCAAAGGUGUUCCAGCCCACUGGAGGCGCCUUCAAGUCCACACACGCCGAUCCCGGCGGCCAAUGGACGGCGUACACGACAAUAACUAAAACGAGCUUACCGAGUCAGAUCCCUUCUUCGCCGCACCCGUCACAGGCGAUAUCCACAAGCACACAGAGCUUGACGAAUAGCGUGCAGGGCAUCUCCCUGAGUACGCCCAAUCUGAGCACACAGGCUGCCAUAGAUAAUGCCAUAGCGUCUAUCAUGAACUCCCCGACAGUCAGUCAAGGUGUCCAAGUGAUAUCAAGCGGCAUCUCGGUGCCCCCACAACAGACUCAGCCGCAGCAGAAUCAACUGCUGAAGAGCGUAACCGUCGUCAAAAGGAAUAUAGGCGACAACUCCACAGGUCCUUUAACGCUCUCUCUGGAUGCGUCCGGCAACUUGCUGAUCAAAGCCAGUCAAGCCAGCGAACUGUCAUCAGUGGACACACAAGCUCCAUUGCAAUAUGUCCAGCUACAGAAACUAUUCGUGCCCUAUACAGAAGUGGACACGAGCCGCAGUCAGAGUCAGACGACGCCCGGUGCGCAGUCUGUAAUAGUCUCGCAGAAUAGUAACGUCAAACAACAUUGGGAAGCAGCUGUGGAGGAAGCUCGGCCAUUCCCACUGGCCCCGACUCCAGCGCAACUUGGGCGGGCACCACUACAAAAAAGACUUAGUCGAGGUACAUCGACUGGGUCGACGGGGAGUGGCGAGCCGACACGUUCGGAGCCCGGAGUGACGUCUCACGACCUGGAUCUGCUGCCCUCGCCAAAGCAGGACCUGCCCAGCCCUUCGCACAAGAAGAGCCUCUUCAAGAAAGGAAACGAAGAUGGACGGGACAAGGUGUUGGAGACGGUGAAUUUCGAAAAAAAGUUCGUAAAACUACCGCAAUUCAAGCCGGAGGCCUGCAGCCCCAGUGGUAUGGUGGUCCCGCGCAGCCCACAGCUCUAUCUCCGCAAGAAACACAACAAAAUUGGUUUGGAGGAGGAGAGUAUAGUGGUGACGCCGGCUUUGGAGGCGGAAAUGAAUGGGAACAGCAUGCCCACACCUCUGUCGUACGGAACCCCGCACACUACUACCAAGCUCGUGGGAAACACCUUCUUCGGGCCUGACUUCAACCUCGACAGCUUUCGGGGUUCCGAGAGCAUGGAAGAAAUGUCGCCGCGUACCCCGUGUUCAGCUACAGGCGGCGCAGGCGCGCGCGGCGAGGCGGGCCACCGGCGUGUGCUCGAACAGCGCCGCCACCUGGUGCUGCGCCUCUUCCAGGAACAUGGCAUGUUCCCGACCACCCAGGCCACUACACAGUUCCAGGCAACUCACAUGGAUAUCUUCCCUACCAAAAUGUCACUCCAGCUCAAGAUCCGCGAAGUUCGGCAGAAGCUUAUGGCGCAGACCAACCUUACCCCUCACUCGGAGGUCAACACGCCAACAACGCUGCAGCCGACGUCCACGGCCAGUUAGCGUCGCGGCGUUAUCAUCUCCUUGGUGGUGGGCCUGUGACGAUGGCACCGCAGUCGCCGCCGUACUCACCGCCUCAGCUGUCACCGCAGCAGUCACCGCAGGUGUCCUCACUGUUCCCGUGGUUACCUCCGCCACCUCC